AUGGAUACAUGCACAACGUUUUCACAAGGUCAGAACCAACGAAGUGUUUUUUUUCUUCUGCUUCAGCCAUGUGCAAACGGCUGCAGAAAAGGAAAACAGGGUGCCACAGCGGGAGAAGAUGAAAAUAAACAAGAAGCGGAUCGCAGGUUCAAGAGGGAAAAUAAGCCCGAAGUUCCCCAAGCGACUAGCUAUCGUCACCAACCGGAGGUCUUUAGAAGCAAGAAGAGACAAAGAGAUGCCAAUGUGACAUCUGACACGAGGGCUUUCCCUCUCCAAGGAUCAGAACUUUUAUGCAACCAUGCGGACCACCGUAUGCGGUGGGAAGCUGCAAAACAAAUGAGAGUAUCUUCUCGCUCAGCUAGUGAAGCAGAUGCUUUCUCUAUGGCCUCUCACCACCUUAACCCAAGAAAACGCCCAGAGCUUAGAGGCGAGAAGCUGUCCCCGGUUCUCGGGCCCUGUUCCCAGCUUUUUGCUCUCGUUGAGUCGUUGAAGCAGAAGGAGGAAGAGACAUAG